AUGUCGUCCUGUACUUAUGACGGUAAGGGGGACCCUAAGCGGUAUGUAGCUUCUUUUGAGAGUCACAUGUUGCUAUAUACCGACACCGAUGCUGUGUGGUGUAAAGUUUUCCCUACGAGUCUUACCGGGGCAGCUUCGGAUAGGUUCUCCAAUUUAGAGCCGGGGUCAAUUGACUGCUUUGAGACCCUGGUGGAGUUGUUCACGGGUCAGUACAUAAGUAAUAGUGCAAGACAAAGGACAUCUAGCGAGCUCAUGGCUAUUCAGCAACGAAAAGAGGAAUCGCUCAGAGACUUCAUUAGGCGCUUCAAUAACGAGGCUAAUACCAUACCGAAAUUGCAGCAAGAAAUUGCCGUGAUGGCAUUGAUGAAUGGGCUGGGUGACAACGAUUUCAAAAAAUAUAUGUCGCGGAAGUCUUUCCCAAACUUAGGGGUAGCAUUUGCCAAGGCUCAUGAAUACAUAAAAAGUGAGGAACUGCUGAAAACGAGCCGUCAGAUAUCGUCAGCAGAACCCUCCAGGAGGCAAAAUGAUAAUAGCCCAAACGCCCAGAUGGGUGGGGUAAGCAGGUUACAACCACAAGGCCAACAGAGAUCUGGAAGGCCGGCAAAGGGAUUGGGCCGUUAUAGCAGCUAUACGCAGUUAAAUACCCCGAGAGCGGCAAUUUAUUCAGUAAACCAGAAUAGAGAAGAUUGGAGCCGGUCGGCGCCGAUGAUAAUGAAGGGCCGGGACGUGAAAAAAUAUUGCAUGUUUCAUAGAGAUGUUGGUCAUUACACCGAAGAAUGUGUUCAAUUAAAAGAGAACAUUGAAGAUCUCAUAAGGAAAGGGCGAUUGUCUCAAUAUCGUACUCAACAAGGUCCCAGCUGGCAGCAAAAUGCACAGCCCAGGCAAACCGAGUACCGAAAGCAGGGUGAUCCAUCAAUGCAAAAUGACGCCUACAGGCAGAAUCAUACGGAAACAUCCAGACAGGGAGGUAAUCCGACAGGACGCAAAAUAACAAUCGAUGUUAUUUCGGGAGGACCAGUAUACGGGGGUUCUGUAAGUGGGGCGAAGAAAAGUUUGUCGGAAUACCGGCAUAUAGUGAACGCAUUGAGCGUAGAGGAACGACCUCGACCUUCUCCCAUGUUUUCUAUAUCUUUUUCGGAGGAAGAUGCUAAGGGAAUAGUCUUCCCUCAUGAUGAUCCGUUGGUGCUGAUAUUGACGGUAAAUGGAGCAGAUAUCAAGCGGGCACUCGUUGAUGGCGGGAGUUCCGCCAAUAUCCUAUUUGCUAGAGCUUUUGACGCCAUGAGAAUUGGCCGAAAAUACUUAACGCCAGUUUCUUAUCCCGUGAUAGGUUUCAACGGAUCAACGGUAAGACCUGAGGGUAGUAUAGUUCUUCAGGUUCGAUGGGAGAGGGGCCGGCAGUAA